AUGAAGCACGAGUGUGCGUCCUGUGUCUCUCUUCAACAGGAAUUGCAGCAGCUGCGCGACUUAAGUGACCGAAGAGCUCAACGAGAUCAUGAUCAAUGCGUUGUCAUGUUUCAGAGGAUGCAAGAGCUGGUGAGGCUGAACGAAUCGUUAGUAAAAGGUUACAGCCGUACCGAUGGACAUAGUGAAGAUGGGAGUGCGUCGAAUUGUAGUAUCAUCGCAGAUGAAGAGUUUAAGGACAGUGAUGUCGAAAUGGAGGGUGCGACUGAGAGUGCUCAAACACAGAUAGAACGCAUGCAGGCGAUCAUUGUCCAGCAAGCGAAGGAGUUAGAGACGCUCAGACGAGUACAGCGAGGCGCUAUUGUCGACGGUUGCGUGCGGCAUCCAGUGAUCAAUCUAAACAAUCAACACGUGGAUGAGGAGGACCGGAUUGACAGCGAUGAGGAAGAUAAUGGCAAAGUCGAGGGCGGGCAGGAGAAUGAGAUGCGAAAUGCAGUAAACCGACAGGCUAAUCAACUGCGUAAACUGCCGCUGACCUCAUUGCAUGCCCAACUGAAAGGCAAGGACCUCCAAACUUCCAGCGAACUGCCCGAACGCAGCAAGCGCAUUUGA